AUGUUGGAGAUGAAUGGAACUACAGUGAGUGGCUUCCUCCUCCUGGGGUUCUCCAGCAACCGGGAACUGCAGAUAUUACAUGCUUUGCUCUUUUUGGUGAUGUACCUAUUGGGCUUGGCGGGUAACUUCAUCAUCAUCACCAUUACAACGCUGGACCCGCAGCUCCAAUCUCCAAUGUAUUACUUCCUCAAGCACCUAGCCCUUCUUGACCUCUCCUCCUUGUCUGUCACAGUCCCCCAGUCUAUUCACAAUUCCCUGAAUGGGAGUGGAUACAUUUCCUAUGCUCAGUGUGUGCUGCAGGUUUUCUUCCUCAUGUCCUUGGCCUGGGCUGAGGUGACCAUUCUCACAGUGAUGUCCUAUGACCGCUAUGUGGCCAUCUGCCUCCCACUGCACUAUGAGAUCAUCAUGAGUCCUAGAAUGUGCAGGUGGGCUGUUGCAGCUGUGUGGAUAAGUGGAGGCAUCCCAGGGACCUUGUACACAGCAACCACAUUCUCUAUCAGAUUCUGCAAAGCUAAAAUAAUCCACCAGUUCUUUUGUGAUAUUCCCCAGUUGCUCAAGCUCUCUUGUUCUGGUGAUUACCUUGGAGUGAUUGGAGUGGUUGCCUUCAUUGCUACUGUGGCAUUUGCCUGCUUCAUUGCCAUCACCUUUUCCUAUGUCCAGAUAUUCUCCACAAUCCUCAGAAUGCCCUCUGCUGAAGGUCGGUCUAAGGUCUUCUCCACCUGCCUGCCCCACCUGUGUGUGGUCUCUUUUUUUCUUUCCAUGGGAGCCUUUGCAUAUCUAAAGCCAACCUCAGACUCUCCAACUAUCUUUGACCUCAUGCUUUCUUUGUUUUACACAGUACUUCCUCCUUUACUCAACCCUGUUAUCUAUAGCCUGAGGAAUGAGACCAUGAAAGGGGCUGUAAGGAAGUUACUGCCAGGUGAAGAAUUCACCAGGAAAAACUCAUGCUUGUUCUGUUAG